CGGAGAACGAGGUCGGAAAUGAUGGCACUGCAUGAGAGCUGAAGGGACGAACUCAUCAACCGCUCAUGAGUGGUGUCUACUAGUUCUGUAUCCUCACAUGUGCAAUUCGCCAGCUUUUGUUGACUAAAGUUGCUGUUUCAUGCGGGAGCCACAGUAGCAUCUGGCCAACAUAUCACCAAAGACAACGUCAGCCUACCGCUUUGUGGGCAACGUUCGUAAGAUGAUUUACUUUUUCGAAACCAUAUGCGAAUGAAGGAUUAAAUAGUGCGAGAUCACCAUCUGCACUGUAGCUCUAGGAAAGCCUGGCAGGUCAAAUCAGAAUGUCUGGUGAGCAACUUCCUUUCCAUCAGGCCAAAAGGUGCUAUAGGCAAAGGCUCUGGAAGACAGGCGAGGGUGCCGAUGCAUCCAUUGUCAUUGGCGGCUUCAGAAUUCCAGUCCACUCUUCGAUCUUGGAGGAAGAGAGCCGAUAUUUUCACAGCGAAUUUCGCCGGAGUUUCCAGGAGAGAGGCAGACCAGAGUUGCAUUUCGAUAUUAAAAAUGUCAAUACGGUGUGGCGAACUCUGGAACUUAUCUAUCUCGGAACAUACUCGAAUGAGCUCUGUCCCUUAUCUUACCUUUCUGACGAAGGAAAUGAGCUUGCGCUGCAUGGGUCGGUAUACAACAUGGCGGUGUCCUGGGGAUUAUCAAACAACCUCCAAGAGAUUAUCUUUCGAAAUUAUAAAAACACAGUCGAGAAUAGCUGGCAGCCUUUAGCCUUUCUGGAGUCCGUUAACAUAAUUUUCGGUCUGCUGAGGGAGAGCGGUAUGGUCCAUGCACCCGGAAUGUCUAUUAUAGCCAGUGAGUGGUUAGACCCAGAUCGGCUACGAGAAGACAGAAUCGCGCAACUCGUUGUCCAGCAACUCGAAACCAGGCGCGAGGCGUUUGAAGACGAUUCAUCAAUCAUGUUGUGCCAGUCGCUGCAGAAUUGCCCUGUAUUACUGAGGUUAUUUUUGCAGCGUUGGCUAGUAGCGAAGAGAAAGUCUUAGUCCGACAUAUAUCCUUGAAACUUGGAGUUUUCGAUUUAUCACCGCCGAUGCUCGUCCGAGAUGAUCAAAUCAGAAUGCGUCUUUAGGGCUGAUGCGGG